UAACUUUCAUCAACAUAACCUCAUCUGUUCUGUAGCUAUUUAGUUAAAUUUUCUAGUUAUAUGUUAAUAAGUUAAGGCCCAAAAUGACUACAGGAUUCACCUUCGGUGCCAAAACCACCGCCGCCCCUUCGUUCGGUACAGGUUCCAUAACAUUCGGGACCCCAGCUACGCAAACCCAGCAGUUCGGCUUCGGCACCCUCUCGUCGUCCGCCCCCAGUUUAUUCGGCACCCAGUCCCCCGCCACCACCUCAGCGCUAGGUUUCAAACCCGCCGGUUUCGGCGCCCCCACUACCACUCAACCCGGUGGGUUCUCCUUCGGGACGACCACUCCGGCCUUUGGGGCCCCGGUUUCGACCGCACCAGCUACAGGUUUCUCGUUUGGAACGCCAGCAGCCAGUACUGGUCUAUCAUUCGGGACCCCGGCUUCCACUGCCGCUACGGGCUUAGGUUUCAAGCCCCCGGCAACCACAGGUUUGGCGUUCGGUACUCCGGCCUCUACGAGUCUGUCUUUCGGGACACCGGCUUCGACUGGGUUGAGUUUUGGGGCGCCGCAGGUGUCUACGGGUUUGAGUUUCGGUGGCCCUGCGUCCACGGGGUUGAGUUUUGGGGGCACGACCACAGCCCCCACUUUCGCUAGUUCGGCGCCGAGUACGGGACUGACGUUUGGAGGAGCCACAUCUGCGCCUGCCACGAGUGGGUUGAGUUUUGGGGCUAUCACUACUUCCACUCCGAGUUUGGGGUUGAAUUUCGGGGCUGCGAGCACCGCUGCGCCGACUUUGAAUUUUGGGGCGCCUGCGACGAGUGGGUUUAGUUUCGGGGGGGCCACCGGAGGGUUGGGAGGGGUUGCCACGAGUUCGGUGGGGUUGGGGUUGACGGCGACCACCACCACACAGCAGAGUGUGGGGUUGGGUGGGGUUGCCUUCACACAAUCGAAAACUGGUACUAGUACAAGUGCUCAGAAAGAAUUGCCUCCGAAGGAACAAUUGCUACCGAAUGAGUUUUCGCAGUUGGUUGAACAGUUUAAGAAUGUCGUUCAAGAGGAGAAAAAUCGUAGCUCGGAUGUGGCGCGCUGUUCGGUGAAGGAAUUCCGGAAAGUCGAGACUGAAUUAGAUUCGUUAAAUCACCAGUUUAAUCAAGUUGAGAAUCAACUAUUGAACAAUCGGAAUUUAGCUGAGCAGUUGAAGUACGAUACAGCGAAAGGUUUGCAGAAUAUCGAGAUGGCUCAGCGCACUCAGGACACCCCUCCGAGUCUGCAGUACGACAAUAACGCCCCCCUGCAGUUUUUCCUAGAUUUGGCGGAUAAUUUCGAGCGCGAAAUGCAACUACUCAAAUUAAAAAUCGACAACACGGAGAAGUUCGUCAAGAAAUGUAACGAACCGAGUGUGUUAACGUCACAGGAUUUAGCCGUAGGUUUGAAACGACUACACGAAACCUUCGUCGCCUUGGCUGGUCGCAUGCAAUCAGUCCACAGUCAAGUCGAAGCCCAAAAAGAGAUGUUUUUAAACUUGCGCAAACAAGUCGUCAAAGACAACACCAACCCGUUCGAAAAAAUGGACAAAAACGCUGAAGCGAUGAAUCUUAUAAUGAGAAAUGCGCUGAGAGCGACGCCUCCGAAUCUAGCGUCUGGACCUACCCCCUUUAACAGUAUAGCUUUGGGGAGCAAUAACAUCACUAUAGCUGCACAGCAAACACAGCCAGCGCCGUUUCAGACUGCUGUUACCACCAGCGCUCCGACUUUAGGGUUUGGUCUUGGAACUGCGGCCCCGGGUUUUGGAACAGCGGCAAGUAAUACUUCGAUUUUCAAGCCUACGGGUUUCGGGAGUACCCCCUUUCAGCUAAACACGAGUUCCAAUUUCCAGCUACAAAAACCCCCCACUGGUAGUAAGAGAGGUAAACAAUAGUUCAAUGGUUGCGCGUUCAUGUUCCAUCUUUUUUUAUAAAACUUAAAUUUGUUAACUUAAUAAAUAAUUGAAAUUUUUGGA